GGAAGGAAUAUUAGAGAGAGAGAGAGAGAGAGAGUAGGUAACGCGUAUUGAGACGGAAGGCCUUUUUAUCUAUCUACUCAGCAAGCGGUGAUUAAUUUGAUUCAUUCAUUUCAUUAAUUGACAUCGACAUCAAACCGUUGGUCGGCGAACGAACGAAUCAAGUGUUUCGUUCCCGACCCUCCGUCGCAGCAUUCCAUAUCCUUUUCUUAUUCGCUGCGCUUCUUUGGUUUUCCCAUUCAAACAACGCAACUCUAGGCUUUAGGUGGACAAAAGAAGGUUUGUUGUAGAAGCCAUGGUUCUUGACAGCAUUUUGUCUUCGUCUCCUCGUUUGAAGUCUCCAUCUUUCAGGAGACCUAAGGAUGGACUUGGUAGUUGGGCGACACUUUACCAGAGGCAUCGCUUCCUCUUAUCCGCUCUUGUGCUCCUUACUAUCCUGUGUACUGUUUAUCUUUACUUCGCUAUCACUUUAGGGUCCAAUGGCUCCUGUUCUGGGUUGAGUGGAGCACAAAAAGCUUCAUGUCAUAUGGAGCUUGUUAAGGAUUCUCUUUCCAAUGGCAAACUGAAAUUUCUUUAAUAAUUCAAAUAAUAUUAUUAUUGGAAUUUUUGUUGCUAAUCCCUCCACCCCAAAUAUAGGUGACAUUAAGUCCAAAUAUAGUCAUUGGUCAUUAUCUGUGUGAGAUGUAUACAGAGUUUAUCUCAGUAAUUUUUUAAUGUAUGAUAUGGGCAGCAAGCCAUUUCUUAGAUAUAUUAUGUUAAUUUUGAUGGCUGGUUAUAUUUUGGAGAAUUGUACAAGUUUGCAUGUAUCUAUUGUUUAUGGGCUAUUCCGAAUUCCCAAACCUCAUUUUUCAUAUUUUUUAGAUACAUCCUUCAGAGUUCAGACAUUUUCUGGAAUUUAUCUUGUUCCUAGGGGACAUUUGAUAAGAUUGGAACCACAGUCACUUUGUUUUAACAGUGGAGAGUAUCGUAAUUGAUUUUGUCUCAUCAACUGUGAGUUUAGUGGAAAAUACUUGUGCUGAUUGGGAUAUUUUUUCUUUCUUCCAAACCUUGAGUUGAUUGGAAGUACACAUAAAAGGAAGUUUGUAUCAUCGAUUAAAAAUUUACAGUACAUUUUUUUUUCUUCUUCUGAUGUGAAACUUUGUUACUUUACUUACAAUUGAUACAUAUCAAUCCCAGAUUUUACCAACAUUUACAUUGGAAUUGAAUUUUCUAACCUCAAAACGUUAUCUAAAACAACUAAAAUCACCACCAAGAAAAAUAUGCUCCUACAAGAUUGACCAAUAAAAUGUAAGUUUUGUUUUACCAAAAUCAUAAACUAAGUCAAUGUCAGUUUGUCAGACAUAACGGCCUCUUGAAUUUUGUGUCAAAGUUCUUCUUUUCACCAAAAAGCAAAGAUGUGUUGAUUUUCUCAUUCCUUUCCUUCACAGUGCGAUCCAUUGUAUGUCCACUUUCUCUCACUGUAUUGGUGAAGUGAGAAAUACCAAAUUGGCGGCAUGAAUAACGGAAAAAGGAAAGUGCUUCAUUGGUCAAUUUGAAUUACUUAUGUAUCAGUAUUACUAGUACUACAGUACCAAUGCCAUCUAAGCCAUGGUCAGAAUUCUAUAUUCAAUGUGUCUAACAUGAACACAGGGUCUCCCACAUGUCUCUUUAUUUAAUCAGGGUACCCCAAAAAAUUAAUAAAUGAAGUGAUGCCCCACUAAAGUAGUUUAUUACAAUGGCUAAAUGUUUAUCAAUAAAAAACAAAAAUAAAUAAAUAAAUAAAAUCUGUCAGUAUUAUAAAACAACAGCUUUUCUAUUGAAAUCAUUCUUUUCUUUUAGCUGUCGAUCCUUUACAUACAUGUUCCCAUGAACCUCCCUUUUCUCAUUGGUCUUUUAUCAUUCACACAGCAUCUUCAUGAUCAUGCCCCACAAAUUUCCUAGUACUCAUUCUUUUUAAAUAAAUGCAAAUAUUAAUGUAUGAACAAUUAGAGUUUGCUGUGAACUUGAGGUGAAUAGCAAAGGAGAAGAAGCUUUCAUUAUAAACAAGGCUUUGCUACAAUAACAGCAACAUGGAGUUAACUUCAUCCAAUGUGUCCAUGCUAUGUUCUGCUGCUCAAUUUUUGGAGAUGGAAGAGUGUGAUAGUCUAGAAGCACCAAGCUUGAAGCCUCAUAUUGAAAAUUUUCUUGAUGGGAUUCGUUUUUGGACGUGGUUCGAGCUCAUGGAAGCAUUGAAACAAUUUCAAGAAUCAUUUCCUUCCAAAGGUUACUUAGAAAUUCUAGACAGAAUCAUGGAUCAAUUAAUAGAAAGACUAGCUUCUCCAUGUCUUGUUACAAGUCCAUACACAUGUUCUUCCAACAGAUCCAGCUUCCAGUUUUCUUGUGACACAAGCAGUAACAACAGCUUGAGAAAUAACUUCUCUGAGGCUACAUGGUGGUUUGAACAUCUCCUGUUUUUGAAGAUUGAUUUGUUAGACAAUGUCAUAAGGAAAAUGAUAUCUCAUGAUUUCGAUCAUUCUAUUGUAUCAAAGUUUCUAUUCUAUUAUCUUAACUUGAGUCAUGGUGGGGCUGAACAAGAUGUUAAGAUUGAGACAAUUAAGGUUGUAAUCGAUCUUCUUUCAUUGCUUGAUAUUGGAUCAAUUUCUUGCAAGGAUUUGUUCAAUCUUAAUCGAAUUGCUAUUAGUUUGAAAAUAAGCAAAUUUUGUAGAAACAAUAUAGAAAGUCUUAUAGGUCCUCUGUUGGAUCAAGUAACAAUUGAUUAUCUACUUCUUCCAUCUCCAAAUGGGAAAGAUCAUGCAUAUGAUGUUGAUUUUGUCACAAGGCUCAUGAAGAUUUUUUUGUUAGGAGGAGGUAGUUUUGAGUUAAAUUUGAACCAAGUUAAGAGAGUUGUUAAAAUGAUGGAUUUAUUCCUUGUGGAAGUUGCUCCUGAUCCUCAUCUCCAACCUUCUGAAUUUGAAGCAUUGAUUACAGUUCUCCCAGAUGCUGUGAGGGAAUCACAUGAUCAAUUGUACAUAGCCAUGGACAUGUAUCUAAAGGUUCAUGCAGGAAUAGGUGAAAAGGAAGUGAUGAAUAUUUGUUGUACACUGAACCACGAGAAGAUGUCGCAUGAAAGUUUGAGACAUCUUACAAGAAACUUGGUAUUUCCUUCAGAAUCGAAACCUAGAGCUCAUCUCACUAGACAGAGUCGAAUGAAAACACUACUUCAAGAAAAUGAUCAUUUGAAAAACUUCUUUGACUCAAUGUUUGGUAAAAGCUUCAAGAACAUAGAUGUGAAAGAGGAUGUUGAAGAGAUAAAGAGGUAUGGAGAAUUGGAAGGAAUGGAAUGUGGGACCCAUCUGGCUUGUGUAAAGAAGUUAGGGGUUCAUACUUUGAGCAAUAAUACUAUAUACUUGCCAAAAUUCUGUUCAUGAUUAUUAGUUUCAUAUUUGAUUCUGAUUUUUGUGUUUAUUCUUGUGUAGCCUUAAGCCAUGCAGUUUUGUACAGAUAUUCUAUGUAACAGAUUUCAAAUAAGAUUUUGUAUUAUAGAUAAAUGCCAUUUUUAUUUUGUGCA